AUGAAACAAGAUAGCUCGGCGCAAAAAGGGAGUCAACGUGGUAACGCAAACCGAGCCGCUCUAAAUGGUGGCAGUAUCGAGGAUGAAGUUGACGAGCCGCGAAAGAACAACCAGACGAAGGAGAUGAUCGAGCUCCGAGCCACUAUAGCUCGGACAGCUGCCGAGAUGAGGGCAGUCAGAUCACAAGUCCAUCAUCCAAUCAGUUCGGCACCGGAGAUAGAUCGAGUGUUCGAAGAAACUCAGCGCAUGCCAUUCACGGCUCGAAUCACCGAAGCUCGGAUUCCUGAGCCAGGAAAUAUAAGAAUCCCCUUUUACGAAGGGACAACCGACCCGAAGGCACACAUCAUAGCUUUUCGGAUUGGAAUGGGACGAGCCUUCUCGAGAAACGCCCCCAAUCUUAGCGAAGACGAAAGAGAUGCCGGUUUUUGUCUCCUCUUUGUCGAACACCUGAAGGGCGCAACAUUGGAGUGGUUCUCGAGGCUCGAGCGUAACUCCAUUAACAAGUUUCAGCAGUUGUCUGCCGUUUUUCUGAAACAGUAUUCAAUGUUCAUGGAUCGAGGAACCUUCGAUGCCGAUUUAUGGACUUUGUCUCAAGGACCAAACGAGCCAUUGAGAGCUUACAUGGAUCGGUUCAAAGCGGUGGUGUCAAAGGUGGAGGGAGUGAGCGACAAGGCAGCCCUAGAAGCACUGAAAAUAUCACUAUGGUAUAAGUCCGAGUUCCGAAGAGAAAUGGCGUUCAACACGCCGCUCACGAUCCAAGAUGCCCUACAUCGCUCUGCCGACUUUGUCGUGAAUGAAGAAGAGAUGAAGAACCUAGACGAUCAGUACGAGUCGACAAAAGCGGCGAUCCGAAAUUCUCUCACGACUCGUCAAAGAAACGUGAGGAAUAAUGACUAUGUACACCACGAAGGGCCGAGGCUACGAGGAGCCCACAAUUAUCACGUGGAAACCGGGCGAGGCAAAGGACCAUGGAAUACUUGGACUCGGAACCCCCGAAUUUACGAUGAAAAGGCAUUCUGCGAACACCACCAAUGCUACGGGCACUCGACGGUAAAUUGUCGGUUCUUGGCAGCCCGACUCGCCGCAAAGCGAGCAGCAGGGGAACACGAAUAA